UGAUAAGCUGCUGUGUAUAGCAACAGUUAGCCUGGCUCCUAGCAGCCAAAUACACUGACAGACAGCAGCUCAAACUGUGAAAAACACAGCCCCAGGAAGUCAGUACUGAUAGUAUUGUGCCGUCUGGAUAGUAGAAUCUUAAGUGUUAUUUCUGUGUUCUGUAUUCAUGAGUCAUGAGCUGGCUGGCCUGUGUUGUAAACUAACACAGUCAUAUUUUAUGUAAAUCUUAGAAAUUAUUUGAGUUACACGACAGGUUAUCCAACAGAAGUUAAGCUAGUAUCCGGGGACGUUUUUGUUGUCAAUAUUGUAAAAUAAGUUUCGCUUCUCACUCUGAGCUAACUAUUGGCACAAACUUCACACUCUUGUGGAUCAUUUCUCGUCUGUGUUUACAACUCAUGCAUGAGCAAGCACCUUAGCACAGUAAUGUUAUGACGUUUGAGUAUCUUAGUAAGGAUAUGCACAAAAUAAUCUUUCAGCUGCCAUUACAGGUCCAUUCUGAAAGUCUAGGAGAAAUUACCAAAUGUGAAAUGCACAUAGAUUUAAAUAUUAGAAAUGUAUUCCCUGAGCUAUACCAGUAGGAUAUUGUAUUUGCUUAAUUAUAUUAAGUUUUCUGAAUUGUUUGAUGUCAUAUGUUGUUUUUACUGUCAAAGAACUUGAAAGAACAUGGUUUGUGUCCCUACUUGGCAGGAGAUGCCAAUCCUCAGUUUGCAGACUAACCAGCCUUUCCAGUCACAGGGAAUGGAGUACUGAAACAAGUUCUAGAAAUGUUUGCUUUCGCUGAACAAUUUAGAGAGAUGGAUUGGCUUAAAGGGGUCAUGACAUGAGGAAUCUUUUGACAUACUGUAUAAGAGGUCAUUGUACUAUAAAACAUACUGUAAGUUUCAGAACUCAACUUGCUCCUCACUGCAAAUAGAGCAUUUGUUGAAACUCGUUUUCUACUUCCUUCACAUUGUGAUGUGUCACUGUGGUGGACAUUUGCUUCUGACCGCCUCCACAACAACACAUCAAUGCCUACUUUACCUUAUCACUUCCAUAGCCCGCAAGGCAGCGGUGAGCAGUAAGAUGGCAAGUAGAGAGAGCAGGUUGGAUAAGAGCAGAGAGCCAAUCAUAACAGUGUGCAUGCACUGUCAAGUCUUAAAGGAGAAGCAGCACCAAAACCGAACAUAUCUGACAGAGGGUCAGAAUGGGGUGAAAAAUUAUCAUAUUUUACAAAUAUAUAAUUGUAUUUUGUGCAAAAACCUCAAGGAACAUAUUCAAAUAAUAAAAAAGGUGUGUCUCGAAUCCGGGGCGUGCUGAGUGACUCCAGUCAGGCUUCCUAAGCAACCAAUUGGUCCAGUUGCUACGGUGAGUAGUCACGCUGGGGUAACCUCCUCGUGGUCGCUAAAAUGUGGUUCUUGCUUUCGGUGGUGCAUGUGGUGAGUUGUGCGUGGAUGUCAUGGAGAAUAACGUGAAGCCUCCAGCAUGCUAGGUCUCCGUGGUAAUGUGCUCAACAAGCCACAAGAUAAGAUGCGCGGAUUGACGGUCUCAGACCGAGACCAGAGGCAACUGAGAUUCGUACUCCGCCACCCGGAUUGAGGCGAGUCACUACACCACCAUGAGGACUUAGAGAGCAUUGGAUGAGACCGAUUAUUAACCGAUAUAUUUUAAAUAAGUGGCAAGAAGAGUGGAAUAUGUGCAAGAACAAUAAGUUGUAUGUAAUUCAUCCGGAAAUUUCAAACAGACUUUUUAUCAAUUUUAAAACAAGAUUUGAUCAAGUGGUCUACACCAGAUGCCGUAUAGGUCACGCAAAUCUGACCCAUGCCUUUUUGCUUAAAGGUGAAGACCCAACCCUAUGUGGUGUUUGAACAUGAGGGAGUCUUCAUUCACUCAUCCCCAGAUGAAUCUGAGGAUCACGAUUUAAUAUCAGGGUUCCUCCGGAUCAUUGAUAAGGAUGGUGAAUCCCUUGUGGAAUAUAAACCUUUGGAGGAUGCAGAUCCCUCGAACAUGUUGUGUGCCUGCAAGGACUCCAGCUCAGUUGUGGAAUGGACUAAGAGUUCAGAAGACAAUCCUCACCGUCCUGUUGACCAUCAGCUGAGCUAUGAAACAGAAUGGGACGUGAUCAGUGCCAUCUCAUUCAGGAGGAAAGCCCUCGCCCAUGGAGAGGGUGGAUCAAACCACAUAAAUUACCGGAACAAGUGGGCCUUCUCCUUUAAUGUGUACGACCUCAGAUCUAUCACAGUUAAAUGUGAGGAAUGGCCAUGCCUCGUUUUCCGCUUGAAGGAUGGCACAGCACUGCCAGCUAUUCAUUUCCACCAGGGAGGGAGCACAGCAUUCUUGGAUAGCCUGAGGAAAUCAGUUCAGAUAAGCAAGAGUCCGGAUGAUGAAAAUGUCCUAAUUGUCAACACCUAUAGCAAAGCUUUCUCACUGUCCUUUGAAAAUCUUCUGGAUGACACAAACUAUGGCUUUGUACAGAAAUUCAAGAAGGAUCCCUACACUACGACGCUAGGUGGCUUUUCCAAAGUCACAAACUACAUCUUUGAUGCCUUUUGGGCACCUGGGUUAGAGUGUCACCAGCGGCCAGUGGAGGAGGUGGCAGACCUGUUGGGAGAACUCAUUCCCGGACUAGAGAUAAACCAACAGGAAGAGCCAGGAUUUGAAGUCAUCACCAGACUUGAUCUAGGACAGAGGACAGUGGUGCAAAGGACAGAGCCAGUUACAAUGAAAGAAUGGGCCAAAUACCAGGAUUCAGAGGGAAGAACGAAAAACGUACCUCACAUAAAGAAUCUUAUAUUUAAAGGGGGUCUUUGCCAUGUGGUGAGAAAAGAGGCCUGGAAGUUUUUGCUGGGUUAUUUUCCAUGGAACAGCACCCACGAAGAAAGGAAACUCAUCCAAAAGAGCAAAACGGAUGAAUACUUCAGAAUGAAGCUUCAAUGGAAGUCCAUCAGUGUGGAGCAGGAGAGGAGGAACUCUAGGUUACGAGAUUACCGGAGUCUAAUUGAAAAAGACGUCAACCGAACCGACCGUAACAACAAGUUUUAUGAAGGCCUGGACAACCCUGGUUUGAUGUUACUACAUGACAUUCUGAUGACGUACUGUAUGUACGACUUUGAUUUAGGGUAUGUGCAGGGCAUGAGUGAUCUGUUGUCUCCCAUUCUCUUUGUGAUGGAGAAUGAAGUUGAUGCUUUCUGGUGCUUUGUUUCCUUCAUGGAUGAGAUGCAUGAAAACUUUGAGGAGCAGAUGCAGGGGAUGAAGACCCAACUGAUCCAGCUCAGCACCUUGCUACGGCUUUUAGACCUGGCCUUCUGGAACUACCUAGAGGCACAGGAUUCUGGGUACUUAUAUUUCUGUUUUCGGUGGUUAUUGAUCCGAUUCAAGAGAGAACUUCAUUUUCAAGAUGUCCUUCGCCUUUGGGAGGUCAUGUGGACCGGACAACCUUGCCAAAACUUUCACCUUCUGGUGUGCUGUGCCAUGUUAGACUCAGAGAAACAAAAAAUCAUGGACAGAAAAUAUGGAUUCAAUGAAAUCCUAAAGCAUAUAAAUGAACUUUCCAUGAAACUGGACAUUGAAGAAAUUCUUUGCAAAUCUGAAUCCAUCUGUAUACAGAUAAAGAAUUGUAAGGACUUGCCCCAUUCAGUGAUUGAGUUUCUGGGUCUCAACACAGUCACUGAAACCUCUGCACUAUUAGAAACCAGUGAAUAUGGAAUUCUUGAGUCACCUCAAACCUCAUCACGAUCCACGCACAGACAAGAUCACCUCGCCUCCAAUGGCCAUAGUCACUUAAAAGAAACAACACACUAUGGCUGCAAAGUAGCAUUAAUUUCCUAGUGUACAGCACUACAUGAUGUAUAGUACAGAUUUUUGUAAGCCCCUGUAUCCAAGCAGAAUGAACAUUAUUGGAUAGCAUUGUAGAUAUUUGUAACCAAAUGCCACAUUGUAAAAUAUAUUAAUGUAAAUCUAGGAUCUAAAAGGAUCCUAAAGCAUUAUUUUUGUAAUUUCUUGUACCUUAUUGUCUUUAAUUGAAUAACCAUUCCUUCUCACUGUAUAUACUUUUCACAAUGUUACAGGGAUGGGGCUA